AGAGUGCGUUAUCUGGGUCCAUUAACCGAGGUCAGAGGGGCCAGCUCCUAUGUGAAGUCCCCAAAAUAUCUCUCGCACCCGUUCGACAGAGCUCGUAAAAGUUCGGCUUUAGAGAUUCAACCCUCGUGAGACUUCGGAAACACUCGGAACGGCCUCACACGGGAGAGAGGGGCAGAGCACUGUUCUCCAGCUCGCCUCGCGUGUGACUAAUCUCGUUGGCCAGAGUGUUCCCUGUGUUCCUCCGUCAGACGUAGAGCCUGAGAAACCGACAGCGCGACUGUAAGCACAGAUCCAAUCGUUGAGACGAAUACUUCGGAGGAAUGCAGUGUGCUUGCCAGGAGUAGGUUGCCCCUGCGUUCAAACGGAAGCUACAUUAAUUCUAGUGGCGUGGUUUACUGGCACAAGUUAACUCACCGGGGGGAAAACAAUACAACCCACAAACAUCACACGGAAACAUGGCAACUGGUGGAUUUAAACCAAACGCCUCCACUGACUUUUUGGAGGAGUGGAAGGCGAAACGUGAGAAGAUGAGGGCGAAAAUGCUCGGGGACAUAGCCGCGGCCACAGGCGUGUGCACUGGCACCGCAACAGGCACUGCGUCCCUGGGGACCAACAGUAAUAAAAGUGAGACGCGCAGCUCAGCACCGCCAACGGCCGAGCUGAACAACAACAACGGCAAUCCGGAUAGAGGAGGCUCUGCACCGGUCAACUGUGUCGCAUCCAACUCCAUGGCCCGAUCGGCAUCUUCCUCGGCGCUCAGGAGGCCAGACGAAGACCCACACCUGACACCAGCGCCCAGGUGCGCCGACACGGGAAACCCGAAGAAAGCGCCACAGCCGCAGAAAGCGGUGCCUGCCAGCCCCCAGUCGGAUGCCAACCCGGCUGGUUGCACCGACAGCGAUAAAGAAAGUUCCUCUCCUAGCAAAAGCAAAGAGAAGAAGAGCUCCGGGCCCAGCGCCAGAAAAGGCAAGGGGCAGAUUGAAAAGAGAAAGUUGAGAGAGAAGCGAAGGUCCACAGGUGUGGUCAGCAUUCCAUCCAAUGAGAGUCUGGAUGAGCUGGAUGAUGAUGACGGCGUACAGAAGAACCGUCAGCAGGAGGAGGAGCUGACCCAGCAGAACACGGUCCAGAACGAGGCCAUGUCUUCAGAACCAGCGCCGGCUCACCUAGCACAGGAGUCUCCAAGAAGUGGGAGUGGUCGCCAUAAGAGCUCGACAGGCCCUAGCUCUGACGGUCAAGGUCGCCAUGGCAGCACUGGGAUUGGCGGCAGCCUGGAGAGGAGACUAGAGGAGCUUGAGAAGGAGCUGGCAGCCGAGAGGCAGGAGAGCAGUCGUCUUGUGAAGGCCCACCAGGACAAAGACGAGCUCAUCGACAAACUAAAGGAGGAGAUAGACCUGCUCAACCGGGAUCUGGACGACAUUGAAGAUGAGAACGAACAGCUGAAACAGGAGAACAAGACCUUGCUGAAGGUGGUGGGACAGCUGACUAGGUAGAACCCCUGAAGAACCGGCGAGAAGAAGAAAAGAAAGGAGAACGACAAGAAUAGUCUGAAUGAUAUCAUGCAACAUACUCCCCCUCUGUGUGCUGCACCUGGAUCAACCACUUGACCUUUGGGCAGGGUUGAGGUGGGGGAAGAGUAAACUUGUGUGCUCACAAUCACAGUAAUGAUGGGUGGUGGUGGGUAGGCUAUGGCAGAAACAGAAGGCGGAAAAAACCCUGUUUUAUUUUGUUUGUUUGUUUACUUUGUUUCUUUGUGCUUUAGUGACACACAAGGACCCCUGUUUUCCCCUCCAUGUGGUGGUGUCUGUCUGACAUGGGCAACACUUGUAGUAUGUGUAGGCCGGGUUGAAGGUUAUGAAGGUUUUCUUUCUGAUUGGACGGGGGUACCUUCAGUGAGGCAACACUAUUUAAUGUAAAUGUCUUGUACAUAGGCUUUUUGUUAUUGCUGCUUUUAUUUUAUUUUUUUUGAUAAAACUGAAUUAAAUCAAAUUGAAUUGAAUGUAUAAUGUAGUUUUACACCACCAGAUACAGUACGUACUCCGAGAGGGCUCGAUAAUGUUUACCACGAGUGUCAUGUGACCGUCUCUGGCUCACCACCCCCAGGUAAUGGAUGAAUGGUCCAUUAAGGCCAUUAAGUAUUGAUAAAGGACAUUAGAUGCAUUUUGCUAGCACAAUAUGGACAAGUUCAAAGCUCCCAUCCAAAUGAGGAAAUAUGUGAAAAAAAAUUGUUUACAUGAAAAUCCUCAGAGUUGAAUGUAUUUCUUUUUCAACACCAGUAAUAUUUUGAUAAAUGGCUCUGACAAAAUUGGGAUAAAAAAUAGCCAUUUUCUGCUCCACAAGCAAAACAAGUUAUUGUUUUUUUUCUGGAUGUGUAGCACAAGCACCACCAUUGCACCUCAUUACUUUAGUAGAUCAAAAAGCCAUUAGAUGUUAGAUGGACAGCAUCGUCUUCACCUCACCCCCCACCCGUUGUAGCCCCAAUACAAAUCCUAGCCUGCACCAUUAUGACCGAAAUACCAAGCGGAGAACGAGAUCACUCGCCUUCAUCAGACAAAAGUGGGAGUAAUGUCCUGCACAUUUUUCUGCUUUUAUCCUGCUCUCGAAACGUAAAAAAUACAUUAGGGCUCUGUCUCCCAGAGGGCAGGAAAAUAAUGGGUCAGUGCCGUGGUAAACUUAUCUCAAAGCCCAUUACCUGUUAUUGAUUAACCACAUGGAAAAUAAACAUUAUCAACAGUCUUGAAGAUGUUAAAGAAUUGUAUUAGCAUGUGAAAAAGAGAAGAAAAUACUAAAAGUAUCUUGCAUACAGUAUGAACGAAUUCAACCAAUAUGAAAGCAAAUGUUUUGGUGGCUAUAGAUUGUAUUUUGUGUCAUACAGAUAUUGUGUAUGUUAUAAUUCAUGACGUUUACAAAGCAAAAGAAAAAAGAAAACUUCUCAUACUUUACAGUAUCGAUAGUGGUAGCUGCUUGCAACGCAAGUUGAGCAAGAGUAUGUAAUGUAGGCUACUGCGGUGCAUUUGUGAGUGUGUUUUUUUUUGUAUUCGACUUUAUAACCAAAUCAGCGAAAAAUGAAAUGAAACAAAAUGCACAUUAAUCAAAUAAGAAAGGAAGGACCAUGCUUUGAAUGUUUCAAUACUAUGCCUUGUCACAGGGAAAACUUGCAGUGUUAAUUCAACACAUGGAUUUGGAUUAGAUUAGGACCAAAUGCACUCUAUCGAAGAGUGCUUAAUUCCUCCUGACUCUUGAACAAAUGUCGGUUCCAAGAGUUAAAUGUAACGUUCUUUGAUUGUGCGUUUGUAGAUCUGCUCUGUAAGAGUUGAAUAAGUACUGCAAAAAGUGUGUACUGUGCUGGAACAUCUCAUUGAGUAGUGGCGUGCCUUUAAUAUGUGCUGGACGAACUCCGAAUAGAGUACCUAUGUCACACGCUUCUACUUCCGGACUAUGGGUAACAUUUUGGCAAAAUAUUGAAUGGAAGAGAAGGGGAAGGGCUAAAUCCUGACUUCUUGGGCCUCUUUGAGACUCCUGACUCUUGCCAUCCAUCAUAAUUUGGACACCGCCGUGCCCUCCUAGUGAAGCAGCACCUUCAGUGUUCAGGCCAGGAGCAAUACAAAUAUCGUUUCUGAGCUCUGCAAACUCUGGAACUCCUCCCACUUUAUCGGGAAGCAAACAACCAGUAGUAAACCAUAGGAGGCGGGUCAACCAUGCCAUUUGGGAAAUGUUAAUUGUUAUGCUCUUGGUCAGACCAAGUCUGGAAGAGCUCUGAAAGUCAAUGAUAAUCAGGCUUGGAGAAUGGUGCUGCAGACUUUACUUUUGCUGUUCCAAUUUACUUAACUUAGUCCAGCACCCAAUAGUAUUGGCAUGUUUUUCCUUAGCUCUACGCUGCCACCGAGAUCCACCAGCUGGUUUUAGAUAGUUUGUCUUCCGUGUCACAGCGAGACUGACUGGGUACUAGUCAUUAUAGUCCUAUGUCCUCUUGCUUCUGUGGCACUCUGCUUCCAUGGAGAACACAAUUCAAUUUCCAAACUGUCAACCUAGGCAGAGAAACUUUAAGGGGAUUAUUUUCCUCAUUCAACAUCCUGACUGCAAAUGAGUGAAUGACUUUUGAAUUGUGCCCUUGCCCUGCGAGAUAUUGAAUAAAACUUCAAUCACCACUGGUGUUGAGCCUUAAGGGCCGUACACACACGUCGCUGAUAGUUACUCGCUCAGCGGAUGAAGUCAAUAGAAUGUCCACGUGUUCCAGCGAGUCUCGCUAGCGAGUAGGCGAGGAGAGUACAAGCGAUGCGAUGUGGGCGGGUUCCGAGAAAAACUUAUUUUAUCUUCGAGCGACGCGAGUUAAGUGAGUAACCAAUUGGAAUGCAGAAUACAGAUUAUUGACAGGUGACGUUGCCCCUGUGGUGUUCUGACCACUCAACUUCUGCACGCCAUCACACUUUGGUUAAAAAUGUUGAGGAAAAUACAUACAGUGUACACCAUCAAAGGCUCAUAUGCAUGGUUGUGCACAGCACACGAUCAACGUUAAACAGCGUAGGCCUACAUUUUGUUUCGUACGGACGUUAUUGGCACGGACAGCGGGAACCAUGACAACCAGUAAACAAAAUCACCCAGAGCGAGCGGCAAGUAGGCGAGUGAGCAAGUAGCGAGUAAAUAGGAGCGACGUGUGUGUACGGCCCUUUACAGUAUGUACAUCAGGAGGCCAUAAUCAACAGGAAAGGACGUGAGGAACUAUAAUGACUUGUACCCCCUGUGUCACAGGCAUGGCACAGCACAGUGCAGCAAACUCCAGCUUACGAUCCAUCAGAUAAUGUGUCAUGUGGAGCGGGAAUGAUGGAGGGAUGGAUGGAGGGAGGGAGGGAGGGAGGGAGGAUGGAAGUGGGGUUACAAGAGUGAAAAAAGAUCAUGAGAUGUUUUGUUUUGUUGGAAUGUGGAAACCCCUUCCUCUCUUUCUUUGCCUCUGUCUCUGUCUCUGUCUGU